UACUGUAGAGUAAUCAGAGUUUGUAAAAAGAACAAAACAAAAACUAGGGUAAUCAGAGUACUAUGGCUAAAUUUGUUUGCACAUUUCUUCUCAUGCUUCCCAUGGCCUUUGUGAUCCAAAAUCAGGCCCGUGUGGAAGGAUAUAUAACUCCAGGAGAUUGUGCAUCUACAUGUGACAAGCGUUGUUCAGCGGCUGCAUACAAAACGGAAUGUUUGAACUACUGUAACACGUGUUGUCAAAAGUGUUUGUGUCCGUUUAAUGAACAAAUAUUUUCAUAUAAGACUAGUGGCGAAGAUUUAUUAACUCCCGGAGAAUGUGCAUCUACAUGUGAAAAACGUUGUGGACCGGUUGCAUAUAAACAGAAUUGUCUAUCGUAUUGUAACAUGUGUUGUGGAAAAUGCUUGUGUCCCUUCAGUAAUGAGCCUUUGAACACAAGGGAGGAUAUGUCCAUGCUACCAUAAUGAGAAAAUAGGAGCUAGAGGAAUACCAAUUUGACAUGUGCCAUUGUUUCUCAUGCAUAAUAUUGAUGUAUUUCUUUCCUACAAUUGAAUAAUAUUUUUUUUUUAAGGUAUAA